AUGAGCAGCGGCCAGCAGCGAGGCGGCGCCGGCGCCGGGCCGCAGCACGCGCCCGACCACAUCAAGCGGCCCAUGAACGCCUUCAUGGUCUGGUCGCGUGGACAGCGUCGCAAGAUGGCGCAGGACAACCCCAAGAUGCACAACUCGGAGAUCUCGAAGCGGCUCGGCGCCGAGUGGAAGCUUCUCUCCGAGAUGGAGAAGCGGCCCUUCAUCGACGAAGCGAAGCGGCUCAGAGAGAAGUGGGCGGGAGAAACGAGCGGGCCCCAGCAAACAGGCUCAGCCAUUAGCGCGGCCGCUUCCGAGGUCGGGCGCAGCGCGUCCGGCAAUAUCCGGCCCGGCGCCGCCCAGCCAUUGUUUCCGCAGCGGCGCGGGGCAGCCGGCAGCCAGACAGCCAGCCAGCCUCUGGGAUUAGACGCGCUCUCCUACCUGUGGCUGCAGCCUUCUUCUCUGCUGUUCGCAGAUGUGUAG